UGUUCAUUCAACACCUAAUAGCUCCCACACAGAUCAGCUGGUCUUCAUCUUAAGGUAUGUCAAGGAAGGUGGCUUACCGGUUGAGCUCUUUCUAGGUUUUAUUCCAAAUCCUGGACAUAAAUCGGAACAACUGGCUGAAGUGGUCCUCACCACUCUUAAGUCAUAUGAUCUUGAUAUUGCCACCUGUCGUGGUCAAUCAUAUGACAAUGCAAGCAAUAUGUCUGGCCGAUAUCGAGGAUUGCAAGCCAGAAUUCUGGAUGGAAACAAACUUGCUGUGUAUAUUCCAUGCUCUGCUCACUCUUUAAAUCUAGUAGAGAAGCAUGCUGCUGGAAGUUGUCCUGAAGCUUGUUCAUUCUUUGUUCUCCUACAAUACCUUUACAUUUAUUUUACUGCUUCCACUCACAGAUGGGAGAUUUUACAAGAACAUUUAUCAUCUGUGCCCAACAUUCUAGCGGUAAAGAGAUUAUCUGACACACAGUGGUCAGCCAGGGAAGAUGCCUGUCGAAGCUUAAAUCGAAAUUGGACUCAAGUAAUCCAAGCAUUAACAAAAAUUAAGGAAAAUACCGCAGAGGCACCAGGAACAUGCAAGGAAGCUGAAGGUCUUCUGAAUAAAAUACAACAUCUGGAGACUGCCCUUAUGAGUGGUUUGUGGGGUACUAUCCUGGAUAGAUUUAGGGCAGUUAGGAAAAAACUCCAAAGCAUUGGCAUUGAUGCAGGAAUUGUAGGGGAGCUGUAUGAGUCACUGAUCCAGUUUGUUCGAGAAACCAGAGACAUAUUCAUGACUUUCGAAGCUGCUGCAAUGGAAAAAUCAACUGUGAAGGAUUAUGAGACUAAGAGGAAUGGUGUACACGCAAGGAAAAGUUCAGCAACUUCCAGCAAGACACAG